AGUGCACGUCGGAGGAGCAGAGAGGAUCAUGGCGGAGCGCAGGAGACACAAGAAGCGGAUCCAGGAGGUGAGCGAGCCCACCAAGGAUGAGAAGGCGGUGGCCAAGUAUCUUCGCUUCAACUGCCCGACCAAGUCCACCAACAUGAUGGGUCACCGGGUCGACUACUUCAUUGCCUCCAAGGCAGUGGACUGUCUUCAGGACUCCAAAUGGGCCAAAGCAAAGAAGGGAGAGGAAGCGCUGUUCACCACCAGAGAGUCUGUGGUGGAGUACUGCAACAGACUCCUGAAGAAGCAGUUCUUCCACCGAGCCCUCAAAGUGAUGAAGAAGAAACCUGAGAAAGAGUUGAAGAAGGAGAAAGAGGAAAAGGAAAAGAAGGAGAAGGAGAAAGAGAAGGAGAUGGUGAAGGAGAAGGAGAUGGUGAAAGAGAAGGACAGGGCCAAGGGCGACAGCUGCAGAGAGGAGGAGAAAAAAGGGAAGAAGGAGAAAGAGAAGAAGAAAGAGCCCGAAGCUGCUGAAACCAAGAAAGACAAGAGCGAUGACAGUCCUGGAAGCCCCAAGAAGAAGAAAGAAGCGAAGAAGAAGUUUAAACUGGAGCCUCAUGACGAUCAGCUGUUUCUGGAUGGAAAUGAGGUUUUCGUGUGGAUUUAUGAUCCCGUCCAUUUCAAGACCUUCGCCAUGGGACUGAUUCUCGUUAUUGCCGUGAUCGCGGCCACGCUGUUCCCUCUGUGGCCAGCAGAGAUGCGUGUAGGAGUUUACUAUCUCAGUGUCGCAGCAGGCUGCUUCGUGGCCAGUAUUCUGCUUCUAGCUGUUGCCCGCUGUAUCCUCUUCCUGCUCAUUUGGGUGGUGACCGGCGGGCGCCACCACUUCUGGUUCCUCCCCAACCUCACGGCCGACGUGGGCUUCAUCGACUCGUUCCGGCCGCUCUACACUCACGAGUACAAAGGGCCGCGAGCCGCCAAGAAGGCGUCCGACGACAAGACCGACGAGAAGGACGACGAGAAGGACGAGGACGCCGCCACCAAGGCCCAGAAGUCCGACAGCGACGAGAAGUCCGACAGCGAGAAAAAGGACUGCGACGACGAAGAGGAGGAGGAAGAGGAGGAGAGCAAAGAGACGGGGCAGGAGGAGAGUCAGGAGGCGGAGGGGGAGGGAACGGGGGUGGAGCGCCUCUCGGACACGGACAGCGACCGGCGGGAGGACGAAGGCUCGCAGCACAGCAACGGAAACGACUUUGAGAUGAUCACCAGAGAAGAGCUGGAGCAGCACACGGAGGAAGAACAAGAACAAGAAGAAGAAGAAGAAGAGGAGGUGAAAGAGAAAGUGGAGGAGAAAGAGGAAGUGAAGGAGGAGGAAAAAGAGGAGGAGACGCAACAAACGAAAGAAGAUGGUGGGAGUGAGACUAAAACCCAGACUGCUGAAACAUAAACUUCUUACAAUCCCGUCACUCUCUACUCUUCUCUGCCCCCCCCCCUCCCUCCCUCCCUCCCUGUGAUCAAGGUCCAGUGUCCCUGAGGCCACAGAGUCUCCACCUCCUCUCGUCAGGAUCUUCCACUAAUCUAAACCGGGAUGGACACAACACUCAAAAGUUAACAGCUACAACAAUAGGGGGGGGAAACAUACAUCCAAUAAAAGAAGAAGAAGCCUUACGAUGGAUCCUCCCACUCAAAUGUUAUUUAUGUUCCAAUCUAACCUGCCACCGGAUGAUAGCCCUGAGGAAGUUGUCCACGAAAAAAAACCCAUCAGACCAACAACUCAUUCUUCUCUUUUCAUUAACGUGUUUUUUUCUCUGUCAUUUCAACUUUAAAAUAUUGUAUUUAUGUCCCGUCUUUUGCGUCAUUAAAUCUUUUUUUUUUUUGUGAGGUCAAAUCCACCUCCGAGAGCGACCGUGUUAAACUGACCAGAAAGAAAAGAUGUGUUAGUUAUUCACCUGGUUCCUGUUUCCAUCGUCUCCAGGUGGUUGGUACAAACAUGGUCGUCAUGGAGACCGCCAUAAGGCCCCUUUUUUCUCUGUUUUCAAACCCUUGCACGUCUGAAAGCUUUCUCGGGCAGCACUUAAAGCAAAGUGACCAGCACGUCUGCUUGGCAUUGAGGUCGGAUGGACCAAAUCCUGUAGUUUGUUAAGAAAAAUAAAAAGUUUAAAAAAGCGACCCCCUUGUGGCAGGAUGGAGUAUUUACAGGCCAGAGGGAGUACGGCUCUUUGAGGUACUUGCCAUUGUCAGAAUUGUUUGUUUUAUUAAUUUGAAAUGAUUGGCUGAUAAUCACAGUGCAAUCCUCUCACAGUCUGACAUACGUUUACUUCAUGUUAAAUACUGUGCGACUGGGACUCAGCUGGCACACUUGAUUUUCUUUUUUUAAAAAGACUGCAGCGUUUGUUGUACGACUACAGCUAGAGGAUAAAACAGUGAUUUACUGAACCAGAGAAGAAGUAAAGCAAACUAGUGCCAAACACAGCUCAUCGAGAUGUUCCUGCGUGUGAGAGCGAGGGGGGGGUGUGUGUUUUUAAUUUGUUCAUUUUGUAACCGCAGUGUCAAACUCAACUCAAACCUUUUAACAUCUCCAAAAAGGAAGCACAGCACAAGGUUGUUAGUGUGGUAGCUAAACAAAGAUUAUUGGUCUCAAUGAAACCGCUUGUGUUCGCACUAGACUCGCAUUCAAGAUGUCGUGUGAAAAGAGUCGUGGGCGUUCUUGGUGAAUCCAGCUCCGCCCACCGGGACCGGAGCUCCACCCAUGACCUAGUACCUGGGGGCCGUGGUCCAAGCUGUUCCUUCACGUCAUCUUAUGGCUAGAAAAUGUUUUAGAUCGGCUCUCUUUAGUCAUAGCGAGGAUUAUAUUAAAGUAUAAGAAAUAGAAAUGUAUCAUUUAUAUAUGGAUUCUAUUGAUAUAUCAAAUAUAUACAUACUGUCUAAGAAACAGCUCUUUUUUUCCUCCUUUUCUUUUGUACUGGGAUUAAUAAUUAUACCUCCUAAAUGUUUUAAAUGCUAAUUUGUGUUUUUAUAUGUUCAUCUGGGAUUAGAGGAGCGUGGGAAUUUCAAAAUCUGUAUUUCUUUUUUUUACACUUGCCACUGUAGCGUUGAAUGUGAUACGGUUGGUUUGUUGUGCGCUGACACAGCUGUAUUCCUCACACUAACAAUGGUCAGUCAUUAACCCGAGGUUAUAAAACCAGUGGCUUGUGUCACGCUGAGAGCGACCGGCCAUUUUCCACAUAAUCCAAUGUGGCAAAACCAAUAUUCUUAUGUAUUGCAAACACUUUCUGUAUGGUCGUCCUUUCCUGAAUCGAACUCCCCUCGACCGUAUUUAGUCCUUUUAUCUUCUGCUCCUGUUCGUUUGUUAUUUUCUUUUCUUCCCGUCAAUAGGCGAAAUGCAUCUCUCUUGUGUUCUCUGAGUUGCCAGUUGCUCAUUUUCAGCAAAACCGUUUCACAAAAGAGAGAAAAUAACUGCUUCUCCUAAUUGUUCUCGACUGCUGCACAGUAUCGGUCUGUUGUAUGUUGUAGUAUUAUUAUUACUCUCUAUGCUGCUGCUUCUCAUCGCACAUUUCUGGGGGAAGUAAAAGUGAAAAUGUAAAACAUCCAUGUUUUAUCUCUCGGUCAAAACAGCGUGUCUUUUGAUCACCUAGUUGUCCCCUUUUGGAUCAGUGUCAUUCUGAAGACUGUCUCAUGCAAUAUUGGAGUAUAAUUUAAUAAAAAUGGAUGUCUGGAAAUAUAUCUGUAUCUUAUUAUUGCAAUAAAAAUAUAGAAAGCA